CUCUUCCCCUCCUCAACUACGCAUUCCCCCUCCCAGCGCUUGCUUCCCACCACCUCCCCAUCCAUCCUCUUUGCUCUCCCGUCCCUCCCAGCCUCGUGUCCGCCGGCAACCGGCGGGGGCGGGCUCGGCAGAGCCGGGGAGGAGGCGGUGCCUUAUAGCGGGGGCUCGGGGGCCGCGCCUGCAGAGCUCUCCGAGCCCGGCGAUACCCUGGACAGCGCCUCGCCGCCGCUCCGCCGCCAUGGAGACCCUGAAAGCUUUUGACCGGGAAGUAAAUGAGUUUGUGGACUAUAUGUUUGGACCUCGAGAUGCCAGAGUUAGAGGAUGGUUCCUUUUGGACUCUUACCUUCCCACAUUUUUCCUUACUGGAGCAUAUCUACUCUGCAUAUGGCUGGGCAAAAUGUUCAUGAAGAACAGGCCUCCUUUCUCUCUCAGGGCUCACCUCAUUGUGUAUAACCUUGGGAUCACACUGCUCUCCUUCUACAUGCUCAUAGAGCUCAUCCUUGCCACAUGGGAAGGCGGCUACAACUUGCAGUGCCAGAACCUCCACAGUGCAGGGGAGGCCGACAUCCGGGUAGCCAAGGUGCUGUGGUGGUAUUAUUUUUCCAAAGUAAUUGAAUUCAUGGACACUAUCUUCUUUGUACUGAGAAAGAAAAGCAGCCAGAUCACCUUCCUUCAUGUGUAUCACCAUGCCACUAUGUUUAACAUUUGGUGGUGUGUUCUGAACUGGAUACCUUGUGGGCAAAGUUUCUUUGGACCCACUCUGAAUAGCUUUAUCCAUGUGCUUAUGUACUCUUACUACGGACUGUCAGUCAUCCCAUCCAUGCGCAAGUAUCUCUGGUGGAAGAAAUACCUCACUCAGGCACAACUGAUUCAGUUCCUGCUCACUAUUGUGCACACACUUAGUGCAGCUGUGAAGCCAUGUGGAUUCCCAUUUGGCUGCCUCAUGUUCCAGUCCUCCUACAUGGCCACACUGGUCAUUCUCUUUAUAAACUUUUACAUUAAGACAUACCGGAAAGCUCCUUCAAGAACAGCUAUAAAGGAAACCUCUGUCACAACAGAAAUCAAGAAUGGUUUUCAUAAGGACUACUUUGCUGCUGCCAAUGGAUUCCAGAACAAUAAGAAGGCACAAUAAGUAUAGUGUUUCCUAUGACCUUUUUUCCUAAAAAAAGAAAAAAAAAAGAAGAAAAAAGACUGAAUUACAAGCUUUAGCUUAAAACCUAUUUGAUUACAUUUAUCAGUUCUUUGUACCAGACACUUAUUAAUGUACUGCUAUUUAGGUUUUAACAAAGUGAGUAGGAUUACUUGUCUUGUCAAAGAUCACCAUCAGAACAUAGAAAGCCAAGAUCUUUCUCAUAUGAAGAAGAAAACCUUUCUGAUCUCUAAUGCUGACACAAAAACGCCUUAUGAAACUCUUGAUGGAUAAAUCCAUCAAUGCCUUCAAAAGGUUAGGACUCUGUUCAGACUAAAACAGUGAGCACUUUCUGUGCAUGUGAGAGGUCUUGAGGCAAGGCUUCACAGUGCACUCAAUGCAUCCAGCUAAACUGUGGCCAAGGUCAGGAAAAUAAAGAGGGUAGAGGGAAAGGUGAGAAUCAUACCUUUUCUAUCACCACACCCCUCUUUUCUUCUUCUCAGCCAUUCCCCAAAGCACAUUCCCUCCCUGUGGACACCAGCAAGGAGCCCUUCGAUCCUGUGGGAGGCCUAGGGAAGAACAUGACAGAGGGCAGAGCCCAGGUGCACCAUCCCAUAGUUAACAGACAGAUGUGCACAGCACUCAACUUUCUUGACAUAUAUGCAACCUGAUUCAAAUGCCAGGAAGGCUGGCAGAAGCUUGCUGUUUCAGGGGGCUGCAGUGGAAGUCCUUGGAACUGCCCAGUAUUGUAUUCUGAAUACAGAGCAAAACAAGUCACUUUGGAUACACUAAUUAUUAGGAGUUCUGAGGAAACGGAUGUUGAAAGAAAUAGGGGCUUAGCGACUUAAGGAAGAUAAAUCCUGAGUGUAAAUGUGUAAAAGUUAAUCCUAUACAAACACUGCUGAUUUGAAGUAAACUGACAUGCCACAUAUUAAUAGACAGGAAGUUGCAGAAAAUCUUAAAAGUGGAUUCAGCAACGAGCAAAGCAUAUUGUACAGGAAUUUCUGUGCCAGGUGGACCUUAUUCAGACUAGUCUCUGACUGGAGAAACAGGUGGGACUGAGGCAUAAUCCUCUGCAGGGAAAGCAAGGAGAUACUUACUGUCUGCAGCUGUAAAGGCGUCUCUCUCACAACAGCCUGCCACAUUCCAUGCUGCUUCAGUUAGCUGCAUUUUCCCCUCCCUACCCCUUGAAUGGUUAGAAAUUCAAAAUAUUCAAGGUUGACAUUGUGGAUCUGCCCUCACCCUUUUCUCACUUAGCCCACUCCAUUUCUCUACUAAAAACAGACACAGACUUUUUUCCCCUCUCAAUUUUUCACAGUGAAGUAAUUAUGGUCACUUCCAUUCUCAUGUGUAUAAAUUCUCUCAAAAAACCCCACCUGUCAGUCACCCAGCCCAGCAAGCCCCUUGGAAUGAAGCAGUUCUGUAAAGAAAACUUGUCCUCUCACUCCUGUCACCUUGCAGGGUCCCAGGGCAGGAGGGGGACAAACCACACACACAGCCAGCACAGAGGGACCAAAAAGCCACAGAGGGCCUAUGUGUAGAGGAGGAUGUCCCAAACCAUGCUUUUCAAUUCUUUUCCACUUCUAGAGGGUCAAUUAUCCCCUCUAGAUAUCCUCAUCUAGAUGAUCUGUCAUCAGGGACUCUGGGAGACUGCAGGUGCAAACACAGGAGAAAGGUUUGUUCCAGGGAGGAGUAUGGACACAGGGCAGCCAGCCUCAUCAGGAGCAGCCUGGGAAACUGCAGGCUCCAUGCAGGCUCAUGGACAGAAAGGAAAAGGGGUGAGGAAGUGGCACAGUACAGGGGGAAGAACAGACAGGUUUGUCCAGCAAGAGGAGAAAAUGGCAUGAAGAAGGGUAUUGGGUCAGAGUUCAGUUUGAAUGUGAUGGCUACAAAACAUCACUGUCUGAAAGUCAGUGUUUUGCUUUAUUUAACAUUCAAUAAAGAGGGAAAGCAGCAGUUUAAAAAAAAAAAAAAAGCCUGGACACUGCAUGCAUAUACUAUUUCUCAUUAGCCCUUCCAGAACCUUUGCUUUCUAGGCCUUUCUGAUUGAUACUGUAAAACUCCCACGUUGUAAGAAAUUUGUGGGUUUCACUGAAAGUGUUCUACAUGGCCAUAAGUAAAUGGGAAGCUUCAGGGCUCUGCAGAUAUCAACUUGAUACUGGAAACCGGGGCAAAGGCAGAGGGCUUUGAAAGAGCUGACAAGACAGUGCACAAGGCAACUAGCUGAACCAUUCAUCUAAGGCAGGCAAGAAAAGGGUUGUGUGUCUCAGCACAGAUUUUAGGCCGAGUGGAGUCCAUAAUCUUUUGAUGGCAAAGCGUGCAUUUGACUAUCAAGGUGGGCAGCGUCAGCACGCUAAGUGUUCAAGUUUACUACGGCAAUCAAACCCACACAUAUUGUCUUUUGUUUUGUUGAAACCUCAUUCAAAAGAAAAGGAAAUAAAUAAAUGCCUUACUUGAAAUUCAAAGGGCUGGGGAAAAAAAAAA